UCACCCAGCGGUAACUCACUCCUUGUCCAUCAUAAAUACUGCUGCCAGACUCAUCCACUUUACCAACCAUUCAGUGUCUGCUACCCCUCUCUGCCAAUAUCUCCACUGGCUUCCAAUCAGUGUCCUCCACCCCUGUCUGCCAAUCCCUCCACUGGCCUCCAAUCAGUGUCCUCCACCCCUCUCUGCCAAUCCCUCCACUGGCUUCCAAUCAGUGUCCUCCUCCCCUCUCUGCCAAUCCCUCCACUGGCUUCCAGUGUCCUCCACCUCUCUCUGCCAAUCCCUCCACUGGCUUCCAGUGUCCUCCACCCCUCUCUGCCAAUCCCUCCACUGGCUUCCAAUCAGUGUCCUCCACCCCUCUCUGCCAAUCCUUCCACUGGCUUCCACUCA